AUGGCAGUGGAUGUCUAUAUGGAGGUAUUGAUCAAUCUAUUCAUGUGUGAUGGAUUUGAGGUACUCCUUCGUCUGCCUGAAAUCCCAUAA